ACUCUACCAAAUCAACAGACUGUCAAUAAUCCGAUCUUUAAGCUCGUGAUUGUUGGCAAAACUACUUUUCUGAAGAGGCAUCUUACGGGGGAAUUUGAGAAGAAAUAUGAGCCAACUGUUGGGGUGGAACUUCACCCUUUGGACUUCUUCACAAAUUGUGGCAAAAUCCGUUUCAAUUGUUGGGAUACUGGGCAAGAGAAAUUUUCGGGCCUUCGAGCUGGUUACUACAUUCAUGGGCAAUGUGCAAUCAUAAUGUUUGAUGUCACAGCCCGCUUGACAUACGAGAAUGUUCCAACCUGGCAUCAAGAUCUCUGCAGGGUCUGUGAAAACAUACCGAUUGUUCUUUGCGGAAACAAGUACUAUGAGAUUUCUGCGAAAAGCAACUACAAUUUCGAGAAGCCUUUCUUAUACCUUGCCAGGAAGCUUGCUGGGGACCCCAAUCUUCAUUUUGUGGAGUCGCCUGCACUUGCUCCUCCAGAAGUUCACAUUGACAAUGCUCCACAGCAACAGCAUGAAGCCGAGCUUGCUGCAGCAGCUAGUCAGCCCCUCCCUGAUGACGAUGAUGAUGCUUUUGACUAG